AUGGACAACACGUUCGGCGGCGCCAAGGUCAUCGUCUGCAAGAAGCGCAUCGCCGCGCGCUACCUCCGGGGCUGGUUCACCAUCGACAUCCUGGCCUGCGCGCCCAUCGACUUCAGCUCGCGCGUCGUGGCGAAGAGCCUGACCUGCUCCUUCCACGUGACGAACCCGUGCACGCACCGCCUCAACGCGAAGCCGUCGUCGAGCGCGUUCCGCCUCGUGAAGAUCUUGCGCGUGUUCCGCGUGCUCAAGCUCUUUCGGUUGUUCCGGCUGAAGCGUCUGAUCACCAAGUACCAGGACGAGCUCAUCUACUGGAUGCCCUUCAUCUCCGCGACGAAGCUGCUCUUCGCGCUGCUCUGGGCGUCCCACUGGAUGGGCUGCUGCUACGCGCUCGUCUUCCCCUUCGACCGGGACGCGGGCAUUUUAGCGAGGUACGUCGACUGCGUCUACUGGGCCAUGCAGACCAUCACGACCGUGGGCUACGGCGACAUGACGUCGACGCGGACGUCCGCGCGCUUGGUCGCGACGGGCGGCAUGGCCGUCGGCGGCCUGAUCUUCGGCUGGCUCAUCCAGUACGUGCUCAACGUGCUGGACCCGGACACCUUCGAGCGGAAGCAGCAGGCGCGCGUCGAGCGCGUCAUGGCCUACCUCCGCGCGAACUCGCUGCCGAACAACCUGAGCCAGCGCGUCGUCCGCCACGUGAGGCAGCAGAACUCGCGCCAGACCGAGGACCGGAGCGUGCUCGUGGAGCUGCCGCGCCAGCUGCGCAGCGACAUCUGCCUCCACCUCUACGAGGGCUUCAUCUCCCAGGUGCCCCUCCUCCAGGGCACGAACCACCACUUCAUCGCGGACGUCUGCACCAAGGUCGUGCCGCUGACGAUCCCGCUGUCCGAGCUCGUCUACGGCUCCGGCGACAUCGCCGAGGAGGGGGCCUACGUCGUCGUCACGGGCGAGGUCGCGUUGCUCGGGCCCAAGCCGGCGCGGAAGCCCCGCAUCGCCCGGGGCCUCAGCUACCGCGAGUCCGUGACGCAGCGGCGGACGGUCCGCGAGCGCGCGCAGGGCAGCCGCCACAUCGUCACGCUGGGGCCCGGCGGCGUCUUCGGCGAGUCGAGCGCCCUGGGCUGCACGCGGCGCUGCGAGGAGGCCAUCGCGCGGAAAACCUGCGAGCUGCUCACGAUCACGGGGCCGAGCCUCCGCGGCGCGCUCGACAUGGUGCCCGCGCUGCGCUGGAAGAUCCUGAAGCACAGCGUGGGCCACGCCAUCGCCUGCACCUACGACCACCGCACCAUCGCCCAGAUCCUCUCCGAGCUCCACCUGCCGGAGCUGCUCAUGGAGGAGGAGGACGGGCCCGCGCAGCUCGCCGCGUCCGCGCUCCGCGUGCUCCGGCCGCGCGUGCCCCGCGUGCGGCCCGACUGGCACGAGAUCCUGCUCAACAUGCGCGAGGUCUGGGAGCACCGCGUCUGCGGCAUCCACGAGGAGACGGACCCGGCCAUCGCGUCGGGGGGGAAGGACCCCAUCUCGGAGCUCCGCGCGGAGAUGCGCACCAUGGCCGAGACCAUCGAGAAGCAGAACAAGCUUCUCGACGCGCGCCUCGAGGCCAUCCUCGCCAUGGGCGCGCUCGCGCAGCAGCGCGCGGCCGCGAAGGCCGCCGACGGCCGGCCGUCGUGA